AUGGCGCCUCGUGAACGCGGUCGAGGUCGUGGUAGAGGUCGUACUAAUCAUGAGGGGCCGGGGAUCAACCCAAAUGACCCGGUAAACUUUAUGACAACAUUGGAGAACAUCGUUGCUGCUAUGCAGGCCACUGUAGAGGCUCUUGGGCAACAGAUGAACAACUAUGCAUCGCAUUGGUGGCGAGGAGUCCGACGUCUCCUGCAACAGGGUGAUGACUAUAUCACAUGGGAUGCCUUUCAGGAGGAGUUCUAUAAAAAGUACUUUCCAACUUCUGCCAGGACAGUCAAGGAACUUGAGUUGCUGCCGCUGAAGCAGGGUACUAUGUCCGUAUCUGAGUAUACUGACAAAUUUAACGAGCUGUUAAGGUUUUCCCGUAUGUGUCAGUGGACUCCGGUAGACUAUGAGAAAUGGAAGUGUAUUAAGUAUGAAAGAGGACUCCAGAGUGAUAUCUUUAGCUCAGUGGGACCAAGGGAGAUCAGAACUUUCUCCGAGUUGGUGAACAAGAGUAGGGUUGUUGAAGAAUGUGUGAAAAAGGCAACUGCAGAGAGAGGAAGUCAUAGGGGACCAUUCCCACAUAACCGAGGGAAGAGCUUUGCUCCUAGAGGUCCGCCUUUUAAGCGGGGAGGCUCUUUCAAGAGGGCCAACAACAACAACAACUCCCAGGGGAAGGGAUUUGGGAAGCAACCUCAGAAUAAGCAAGCAUGUGCUAGGUGCGGAAGUCACCAUCCGGGAGCCCCGUCCAAGGCCGGGUGGAGCUUGUGCUAUUCUUGUGGUAAGGCGGGGUAUAAAGCCGCAAACUAUCUGGAGAAGCAGAAACAAGGUGCAGGGAGAGCACAGUAG